AGUAGCCGUAUUGGCUCAAGUGGUGGGUGUGGUCCGAUAUUCCCACAGCGGAAACUCACAAAUUACGCCUGCGAGAGAGCCUCGGCCAUGCCGCUGCGGCGCUGGGUCCUGGCAGCGGCGGCGCUGAGCCAGCCAGGACGGCACGCGGUCGGCUCUCUGAUGCCUGCGACGGGCAACGUAGGAGCCACGCCAGAUAGUUGCGCCGCGCCUGGCGGCUGCAGCGGAGGCGGCGGCGCCGACGAGGUCGCCCAUGUGCAGCUGGUUCCCGCGCGGAUCAGGAGACGGGCCUACCCGAUGUGCUCCCUCGCCGCGACGCUGUGCAACGGCGGUGCGAAGCGAAAGGAUGGGAAGCUGCAUCUCAGCCAGCUGGAGCACGCCUUGGCGUCCAAGGCCGCCCUGCGGUAUUUCUUAAUCGAAGCCGGCCUGCACAGCGAGGUCGAGGCAGAUCCGCUCCUCAGCUGUGAGGAGCUGUGCCACGCCGCCGUCGACAUCCUGAGGGCCGCAGGCGUCGAGGUGCCCAACGCCCCCGACCUCGGCUGCUACCCCGUAAGUUUCGACGAGGAUGGGCGGGGGAACCGAACCAAGUGCGACUACGACAUGUCCCCAGCGUCUAUCAUGGCGCUUUCCGCGGACCACACGGGCGGGAUCCCGAGCCACGCCGCUGUGGCGGGCACGUCGGUCGGCGGGGCAGUCCUGCUGUCGCGGGUGUCCCGGCCACGAGGGGAGGCAGCGGAGGUCACCGCAAUGCAGCAACGGCGGGGCGCUGGUGCGGGAGGGCCGCGGCCACGCGUUCCCGAGGCCUCGGGCUUCGAAGCCACAGCCGAUAAUCAGGUGGAUCAUCUCGCUCUGCGGAUCUUGUACGUCUUCCGCGUCUACCCGGACGCGUGGGUAACCUACGCGCCUUACGACAGUGUCUCCCGCCUGGCUCCAGGCCACACCGACCCGUGGACCGUGCAGGUGGCCAGAAACAACAUGGUGAGCAGAGCAUACCUGAAUGCCGCGAUUUUAAAGUUGGCGAUCGAUCCUGAGGGUACCAAGCCUUUCUUGAACCGAUGGUUUGGAACAACUGCGCAUGAAGAUUCGGCCGUCCACAGGGAGCUUCUCCGGAUCAUCAACGCAAUUGCAGAGACAGUGAACACGGCAACGAUCGUAUACUCUUCAGAAAACCCGAUGUGCCAGGCGGGCAUGUAUGCUUUCGUUUAUAGCUUCGGUGACGUGGGGGUCCCGAUGUUCUCUGUGCCUGGUGCGAUGAUGGGACCAGCAGGGGUGGCGACCACCCCCGCUGGUUCCAAUAUUGUGACUUUAUGCGACUACUAUUUUGCUUACCCUUCGACCGCACCCCCAGGUCCCGACGGUUUCGCGUCCCACGGCAUAUGGGAGAGCGUUCAGACCUUUAUCCACGAGUCGUCGCACCACAGACCCGCCUUCUUGACCGACGUAUGCACCAACCCCAAUGUAUCGUAUGUUCAUGUGAGGACUUCGCACUUGGAGGCUCUCCAGGUGCUGCCGCGGAUCAGUACGUCCAACUCGGCUGUGCUAUACACACUCCCCGGAACGGUUGUGCUGCAGUUGGUGAACCAGAGCAUCAGUGGAGAUUUGAGUUUCGUCAGAGAUGACGAGACGAAUUAUUUCGCCAUGUUGGAUGCAUUCUCUGAGGAUGGUUCGUACACGCGGCUACAGAUCAUGACCGAGUCGUGCGCUUACCCCGCUUGCCACGGUUUCGCUGACCUCGGGUACGGUGAGAAAACGUGCAUCGAGCUCGCGAGGAGGGACCCUUACAAGGCCCUGCUGAACGCCGACAGCUUCGGCUACUUCAUCGUGGAGGCGGCGGAGGCCUUCUUCACGGACCAAGCGUCCGCGGCGGCAGAGGCGGCGGCGGAGGCGGCGGCGAGGUAGUUGCGCUUCCGCUGCCCCUCCGACGGCCUCCCUCCCUCCCCAGAUCGCAGAUGGCAGGUCACGGACGUCUCCGCCCGUCCUGCAUGGAGUGUAUGUCGGCGAAUAGCGCCUGAAUUGGCGGAUUGUCCAGAGCUCCCGAUAGCGCCAUAGCGCCCUGCGGCGCCAAAGAAGGCCCAAGUUGCCCCCCAUAGCGCCCCGAUGGCGCCACGUGAGGGAGAUGCAUCACGCCCGCUUCGCGCGCUAUUAAAAAAAA